UGUUAUAAACCAUCAAGAGGGAGAUAAACAGGUCAAAGACGAGAUGAGGAGUGGAUGAACAUCUUUUCUUAGGUUUUGUGGAUUUGUCAACAUGGACCUGCCGGUGCUUCCCAUUGCCAGGUUGGAUGUGGAUGUGGAUCUUGGUUUUGCCCUCUUCUUCUUCUUCCUCCUCUGCUUCUUCCUGUUGGUGACCAUAGUGCGCUGUGCUCAGAUGGUGCUUGACCCUUACAGCUCCAUCUCUGUUACUACAUACCAGGAGGGGCAAACAGAGGAGUGA